AUGUCCAUUAAUUUCUUACCACUCGAUGAUGAGAAGACGCGAAAAAAUACGCUAACGAAGAACAACAACAGAAAAAACCCAACACAGAAAGAAAACCUGAAAAGAAUACAAGACAACUUGGCAACAUUAAUAUUCAUAUUAAUAUUGUACCCAAGGAAAAUCAAAGCUCGAAAAAGGGUUGUAGAAAUAGCCAUGUUCAAGAAACAUUUGCUGACAGAAUGUACAGCAAAAGAUUCCUACAGGAAUUGUCCAAGAUGCCAGGGAGCUGUUCUGAAGAGUAACUAUGAUGCCCACAUUAGUGACAGAAGUUGUAAAGUAAUUGAUGCCACCGAAACUCUUUGUCCACUCUGCCACAUGAAAAUAAAACCAAGCGAUGAAGGAUGGAAGCAGCAUUUAAUGGCGGCAUGUAAAAACAAUCCCAGGCUCAAUUUAACACAAUCCAAGAACCAAACAGCGUCAUCAGGUAGAACGACACUGAAUUCUAAAUUCAAAGAAAAAAGUCUCAUCCCUAAGGGAACCUCACGACAGAGCCGAGCCAACAACAUUUGA